GUUCCUGUUUUUUUCAACAUUUGGAAUUUAAUACUCGAUUUAGUGUCUUUGCCGUGUUUUCUUUGCGUUCGUGGAUGCAGUCAACGUGUCAUCGCUCUUGGAAAUCUAAAGCCACCAGCUUAAAAUCGUUUGUAAUCAUCGAGGACCGAAGAUAAGUCACCACCACCAUCAUCAUCAUCAUCGUCGUCGACGUCCAUAAUUGAAAUCUCUGCGAAAUAAUACACCGUUCGGUUUAUUUUUUGGCUGAAUCUCCAUAUUAUCGUCGAAAUAUAGUCUCCUUUGCUUGGUUUUCACCGUUGGACGAGACGACCCCGCUGAGCAUAUGGCAAAUCACCCUUCGGUACUGCAGUAACGUUAACGUAACUUUAUUUUUCGCUCGUUGAAUUCAAAAACAACUGAAGUUACAUCCUUUUUCCCCAACUGAAAGACAUUUUGCCUACUAAAGUGACACUGUAAGGUCAUUACCAAGAGCCAACACUAAGAAGAGCCCAACUUUGUGGUACCACCCCACCAUGUUGGGCAUUAUGGAUCAUCAUCAAGACACCGUCCGGAAAUGUAAAUCGGAGGCUUUGCCUCCAGAACGUAGGAAGAGGACUGUAGAGGAUUUCAAUAAGUUUUGCAGUUUUGUCCUGACCUAUGCUGGGUACAUUCCACCCCAAAAAGAGGAGAGUUCAUGGUCUCCGUCUUCAUCUCCAUGCACACAUGACCUUUCUGAGCUCUCUGGUGAAGGCUCUGUGAAAGACAGCUGGACAGACUCUCACUCCGACCUCAACAACAUACACAACUUGGUCUAUAAAGCCGAAACGGACAGCAGCAGCAGCAGAGAGUUCAGCCAUCUUCCGUCGGACAACUCUUUAGACAAGAUGACCCUCAAAGACUCUCUGAACCAUGUCCAUAGUAAAGCUGAGAGGAAGAAAGUGAAGAAACUCGACCGCUUGUCUUUAGGAGGGCCGAGAAAAAGCAUCUCGGAGGCAAGAGCACACAAACAAUCAAAAGCAGCACUAAAGAAAAUAAAGACCUCCAUAAAGGCUGAGAGACACUUCACAUCUUCAAGCCCUUUGAACGAGGGGUUUGAAAAGGAGGAGCUAACUGAGCAGGCCAUUCACAUGCAUGAGGCAGGGCUUAAACUGGAGUCCAAUCAAGAAACAGACCUGAGCUCCUGUGAAACGGACACACUGGUGACCGAUGAGGACAUUAUGGUGGAAUCUGGAGACGAUUCAUGGGAUUUGAUUACAUGUUAUUGUGGAAAGCCUUUUGCCGGACGUCCCAUGAUAGAAUGUGAAGAGUGCUCCAUAUGGGUCCAUCUUUCCUGCGCUAAAAUUAAGAAGUCCAACGUGCCAGACAUUUUCUACUGCUACAGGUGUCUGGACUCUCGGGGCUCCACGGUCAAAAGAGACCACUGAGAAACAGUGUAUGGGAGCAGAUCCUGCGUGUGUAUUUAAAUGAAUGUUCUCAUACCUGUCAUUUUUACUUAUCUGAUUACUAGUAAUUAAGUAGCUUCUGUUAAAUUAAAGGAAAAGUUGAUUUAUA